AUGAAGCCACAAGCAAAAGGCGGAUUUUGGAAGCCUUCAUCCGCAGCUUCAUCUUCGGAAACUACAAGCUAUACAAUAUCUUCAUCACUGUCAUCAUCAUCCUCUUCGGAAUAUAGAGAUUCAAUUAUUAGGAGCACAAGUAGUGGUAUCGGAGAGGAUGAUCAAGUUGGAGAAUUUAUUUAUAAUCCUUUUAGGAAAUUAUCAAUGAAUGAACAACGAAAACGAUUACCAAUAUAUUCCUAUAGGAAUUGUAUCUUGUAUCUCGUGGAAAAAUAUAAUGUGGUUAUUGUGAGUGGAGAAACUGCAAGCGGAAAGACAACACAAAUUCCCCAAUAUUUAUUUGAAGCUGGUUGGUGCUCGAAUAAUCAAUCGAUUGUGUGCACUCAACCAAGAAGAAUAUCAGCCAUAGCAGCUGCUAAGAGAGUAUUUGAAGAAAAAAAAGCUUCGUUUAUGGAGAGUGGUAAUAAUUCUGGAGCCUCGUCCUCUUCGAGCAUUGGAAUUUCUACAAGAAGCGGUGUCAUCACACGUGAAAAUUCGUAUAUGGAACUUGGUGGCCUAGUGGGAUACUGUGUACAAUUUGAUGCAAAAUAUUCUGAUUAUUCAAGAAUUAAAUUUAUGACUGACGGCAUGUUACUUCGGGAAAUGAUGGUCGAUCCAUUGCUUAGCGAUUAUUCUGUAGUCAUGAUUGAUGAAGCUCAUGAGAGGAGUAUUAAAACAGACUUAUUGAUGGGACUAAUGAAAAAAGUAUUACAAAAACGUCCUGAACUACGACUCAUCAUUUCGAGUGCCACUCUCGAUGCAGAAGAUUUCUUUCGAUUUUUCAAUGUACCACAACUCAAUUUGUCCUCCUACAUUGUCAGUAUUGAGGGAAGGAAUUUUCCUGUUGACGUUUUUCAUGUACAGAAGCCUGUUUCAAACUAUAUUACUUCGAGCUUACAGUGCGUGUUAAACAUUCACCGUAGCGAACCCCCAAAUUCUGGUGACAUUUUAGUUUUUCUCACAGGUCAGCAAGAAAUAGAGGAGCUUAUUUCACUUCUCGAAGAAGAAAUAGAGAAGGAUGGCAAAGAUGGGAUUCUUCAAACGCUACACCCUCUACCUCUUUAUGCUGGGCUCUCCAUGGAAGAGCAAAUGAGAAUAUUUGACGUGUCUGCACAGCAGAGUGCAAUUCGAAAAGUAAUCAUUUCAACCAACAUUGCAGAAACAUCAAUUACAAUCCCAUCCAUACGAUAUGUGGUAGAUUGUGGAUUUGUGAAAGAGAGAGUUUACGAUUAUAGGGCCAAUAGAGAUUGUCUUGUAGUCGCUGAAAUAAGUAAGGCCGCUGCAGAACAGAGAGCUGGCCGAGCUGGUCGGGUUAGUCAGGGCAAGUGUUUCAGAUUAUACACAGAGGAAGACUUUUCCAAACUCAAAGAAAAUACAGUUCCAGAAAUUCAGAAGUGUAAUCUUACAGAGUGUCUAUUGCAAAUGAAAGCAAUGGGAAUUGAAAAUUUGGUCUUUUUUGAUUUCUUGUCGCCACCUCCAUCACAGAACAUGGCCAAAUCUCUGGAGACCCUAUAUGCGCUAGGAGCGAUUGACGAUGAUGGAAAAUUAACACACCCUCUUGGAAAGCAAAUGGCAGAAUUUCCAACGGAUCCCUUCAUUUCCAAGAUAUUGAUUCAAUCAGGUCAAAUGAAUUGCUCGUACGAAAUACUAAUCAUAUGCGCCAUGUUGAGUGUGAAAAAUGUAUUUGUUUCGUCCCGCACAAUUCAAGAUCGAAUUGAGAAUGCAAAAAAGAAAUUUUCAGUCAUGGAAGGCGAUCAUUUGACCAUUCUCAACAUUUAUCUGGCCUACCUCAACAACAAGAAAUCAAGCAACUGGUGUUACGAUAACUUUAUCAACUAUAAGGCCAUGCAAAGAGCAGAACAGUUUUACCAUCAAUAUGAAAAAUUUCUCAAAAAGUUUCACAUUCCAGUGCAGUCCAUUAUGGACUCUCCACACGAUGCACCAAGUGAUAUCAUUCGAAAGUGCCUCAUUACUGGCUAUUUUUCCAAUGCAGCACUCAGACAACAUGACGGAUCUUAUCGAUCUAUUAAGGGCAAUCAAAUUUUACACAUUCACCCGAACUCUGUUCUCUUCAAAUAUCCACCCGAGUAUGUCUUAUUUACUGAGCUAUUAUUCACUACAAAAGUUUUUAUGAGAGAUGUUUCAACUAUUCAACCAGAAUGGUUGGUUGAAAUGUGUCCUCAACUCUAUGAAAGAACCGUAGAUAGGAAAGCUAGAGAGAUUGAAGCCCGUCUCGACGUUGUAGCCAACCUCAAUGAUGAGGACGAGUAG